UGCACUUCACUUUGCUCCUGCCCAGGGGGUGGUGCAGGGGCAGCUUGGGGUCACGAGGACCCUGGCACCUCAGGGGCGUGCACGCUCACCUGCCCUGACCUCUGGCCCAGGGAGGCAGGGCUCUUGCUGUCCUGCCCAGAGACAGGAAGAGGGGUCAGGAAGACCCAAGAGCCCCCGCCAUGGGCAGGGUCUGGGUGGGGUGGUACCUGGAUGGUGGGACUGUCAUAAGAACGGGCUGCAGACGUGGCCGCCAGCAGGAAGUGGCCACUCGGGCCACAGAUGCUUCCUGGGCUGGACAGGGGCCGGGGGUGGCGCCCGCCGCCAGGGACCCCCUCCAGCACUUGUGCCCUGGGGGAAGUGCCUCAGCUGGACAGGGUGACUCGGAGUGGCCUGGCCUCCUCAGCCUCACUCUGGGCCUCCACGGCUGGCUGGGAGUUCUCGGGGACAGGGGCAGGGACGGUGCCUUCCUGGGUUAUCUCCCGGCCCGGUCUGUUCCUCGGCCCGGGCUCCGGAAGCCGGGGACGGGGUCCGGCGAGGCAGGAAGCCCAAGGCCACAGCCCCGAGCAGCCCGAGCGCAGCCAUGCGGGGCUGCCUGCUCCCGUGGGCCCUGGUGCUGGGGCUCAGCCCGGCGGGCGGCACGCAGACCCCCAGCGUCUAUGACGAGCUCGGGAGCCCCGGAGGAGGCGGUGACGGCUCGCCGGGCACCACGGCGCCCCCGUUCCCGGCCCGCCCGUUCAGCUUCCCGGGGCAGGCCUGGGACAACGACAGCCACACGCUGGAGCUCCCGGACAGCUCGCGGGCGCUGCUGCUGGGCUGGGUGCCCACGCGGCUGGUGCCCGCCCUGUACGCGCUGGUGCUGGCGGUCGGACUGCCCGCCAACGCGCUGGCGCUGUGGGUGCUGGCCGCGCAGACGCCGCGGCGGCCGGCCACCGUGCUGCUCAUGAACCUGGCGGCCGCCGACCUGCUGCUGGCGCUGGCGCUGCCGCCGCGGGUCGCCUACCACCUGCGGGGCCAGCGCUGGCCCUUCGGCGAGGCCGCGUGCCGCCUGGACACGGCGGCGCUCUACGGCCACAUGUACGGCUCCGUGCUGCUGCUGGCGGCAGUGAGCCUGGACCGCUACCUGGCGCUGGCGCACCCCCUGCGCGCGCGCGCCCUGCGCAGCCGCCGCCUGGCCGCCGCCCUGUGCGCCGCCGCCUGGCUCGCGGCGGCCGCGCUGGCGCUGCCCCUGGCGCUGCAGCCGCAGACCUUCCGGCUGGCGGGCGCGGGCCGCGUGCUGUGCCACGACGCGCUGCCGCUGGCCGCGCAGACCGCCCACUGGCGGCCCGCCUUCGCCUGCCUGGCGCUGCUGGGCUGCUUCCUGCCGCUGCUGGCCAUGCUGCUGUGCUGCGGCGCCACGCUGCGCGCCCUGAGCGCCGCCGGCCGGCGCUACGGCCACGCGCUGGCGCUGACCGCGCUCGUGCUGGCCUCCGCGCUGGCCUUCUUCGCGCCCAGCAACGCGCUGCUGCUGCUGCACUACUCGGACCCGCGGCCCGGCGCCUGGGGCGACCUGUACGGCGCCUACGUGCCCAGCCUGGCGCUCAGCACCCUCAACAGCUGCGUGGACCCCUUCCUCUACUGCUACGUGUCCCCCGAGUUCAGGGACCGGGUGCGCGCCGGGCUCUGCCGCCGGCCCGCGGGGGGCUCCAAGGCCUCCAAGGCCUCGGGGGAGGGGGGCAGCCCCGACACGGGCACCCAGUCCUCCGACGGCCCCCCGGGGGGAAAGGAGGGGAGGGUUGAGCGGGGUUGAGUCGGCCCCCCCAGUUCGCGUCCUUCCUGGGGUCUCAGAGCAGGACCCCAUUUGGACAUGCGUGGCUUCCGCUGUGAUCAGUUAAGGCGGAAUCACACUGGCGCAGGUGGCCCCAAAUCCCCGAGGGGCGCCCUCUGCGAGCAGGGCGCGCUGCAGGGACCCGCCGCAGACGGCGGAGAUCGGAGCGAGGCGACGCAAGCCAGGGGACGCCAGGAUCCCCGCAGCCACCAGAAGCCAGGAGCAGGCAGGGCCGCCAGAGUCUUCCUCCGCGCUUCCGGAAGGAUCCAGCUCUGCCAACUCCUCAACUUUGGACUUCCGGCCUCCAGAACUGAGACAAUAAA